AUUAUCUUGCACGUUAGUCUCCAAACACUUAAAUUGACCAAAAGUGCAUUAAUUUGAACACUAGUCGGUUUCAUUUUCCUCUCGUUCUGCCGAAGAUCAACAGGGUUGUAACUGAAGAGAACAUUGUGCUGUUUACCCGUUGAUCAGUCGCGCGUGAAACCUUUAGCUGAUCUUGCUAUUUGAGAGAGACGGGAAAGUUUCAAAUUAACAUGUAGGUAAAAGUGAACCCAGUCUCGUCUCUUUGCUGGCUGGAGACGCUGCAGUACUGGUGGAAAGUGAGACCGGAGUUUCGCUGCUGAAUUUUCUCAUUAGUCAGCACGGAGUGAGAACGAUUAGGACUUGCAUACGGGAGUACACCCUCCAUAGGAAAUAGCUGACAUUCUGCACUCGCCUCAAAUGAAGUGCUUGCGAUAAUUGAAAUAGUUAUCAGUUUGGGAUAUAAGGGCAUUGUCCUAGUGUACCCUUUCUCGGGAUACAGAAUACUGGAUUUCUAACUAUGACAGGACCCCGUUCGGGUCUUUGGACCCUUUUGUUCGCGUUAUGUGUUAUCGGUUCACUUUCUUUAGAAUUGGAGAAAGACUUUGAGUUUGCGGGUGAGAAGGCAGCCCAGUUGUCAGAUGAUGAGGAUCUGCUGGCAGACCAGGAGGGCUCUGGAGACACAGAGGGCAGUGGGGAGGCGCCCAUAUCCCGUGAGACGGUUACCCCCGUACUUAGUGGAAAACCCCUGGGCGUACCCACACUAUACCGGGCCAAGGUGAAUGUGACCAGUCUGUCAUUCACCGUAGAGAUCCAGUCAGCGCGAGCUGAGCGCAGGCUGUCCAGUCUGGCCAUCACACUGCAGCUAGAGAACGCAAUCAACACCUUGCUGGCGUCAAGGCUCCGGGGACAGAUCCGCUGCAGGAUAGUUGACUAUGAACCUGGUUCCCUGAUUGCGGUGUUUGACAUUGACACAGAUGGGUCCCAGAGUGAGGAUGAGAUUGCAGCUGUACUGAAGGGCUCUCUCCGCUCAGGCCUCCUCAACGGGUACAGCGUUAGCCCAGAGGGCUUCCAAUUCAGCCGUGUACGCACAGGGACUGCAGAAUGUUCAGCCACAGUUGGGCGCCAGGCAGUGGCCCAGCCCAGAAGAGCUGCCAACACUAACGCACACCUGAUGGUGACCAACACAUUUCCAUGCCGUGGGUUUGUAAUUUCUUGGAACUACUCUAGCGUGGAUACCAGCAGAGGAUACAUAGGUAUUUUUCGUGAGAUGUCAGAGACUGAGUUUACAUUAGUGGACUAUACUGCAGUGACUCCUGGCAGUGUGGGCCCCCAGCGGGUUGUGUUGACCAAGCCUAUCCUUGUUGAGAAUGGGGACUUCAUUGGCAUCUUCUAUGAUGUAGGGGCAAGGGGAAGUAUUGGAAUGAUUGACUCAGACACCAGAGUUAGUCCUGAUGCACGACCAGACCUGUACUCAACAUAUCAGUUAAGUGCAUCAACUUCUGAUUUCACAAAUGGAACAUUCAGAGUAGCUGACAUUUCAACCACAGAAAUGUUGUCGGCAUUUGCUGUUCAAGCAGAGAUGAGUUACGCCAAUGUUCCAGAACCUACCACCCCAGCAGUGACCGAGUGUACCUCCCAACAGUAUCGGUGUCGUAGUGGCGAGUGUAUCCCUGGAGAAUUUCGCUGUGACAACCAGUUUGACUGUGCUGAUGGAUCUGAUGAGGAGGACGGGUGUGUGAAUUCAGGUUCAAGCCAGGAAUGCAAGGAGAAGGAGUUUCGCUGCAGAAACAGUGGCCAGUGUAUCGCUCAGGAUCUGGUGUGCGACUCUGUUGACGACUGUGGAGAUAACUCAGAUGAAGAAGUUAUAGAUUGUGGCCCGGGUCCAGUGUUGAUCACAUCCUACAAGGACAGCAGCAGCCCCACGGCGUAUACCCUGUCCUGGACUCGUCCCCGGGGCAACACUACUGUCAACAGCUACACCCUCAAGUGGAGAAAGGUGCUGGUUUUGGAUGGCCGACUCACCCAAGAUGGCAGCUACAUUCUGGACAGGGUGCUCACCCAGUUCAGGGAUGUGAUUGUGAGCCCUGGACAGGAGAACUACCGCAUCACAGCCCUUGACCCGGCUUCAUUCUACCAGGUGGAGAUCGCUGCAGUUAAUGAUGUGGGCUCAUCUGUGCCAGUAGCAUUUAUAUUCAGGACAGACACAGCUGGUUGCGAGCCUGGCCAGUUCCAGUGUAGCAGUGGAGGCUGCAUCAGUAUUGACCUGUUAUGUGACAGCAACCCAGACUGCCCCGAUGAUUCUGAUGAGACAGCAGACUGUGGUACUCCAGUGCUGUGUCCAGAGGGUACUGUCCCAUGCGCACUUCCUAACAAUACCACUAAAUGUCAACUGAGUUCCAUUGGAUGUGAUUGCCUGGAGGGUGAGUUCCAGUGUGUGACGAGCAGAAAGUGCAUUGCAGGGGCCCGUCGAUGUGACACACGACGAGACUGCCCUGAUGGCUCUGAUGAGGCCAAAUGUCCUUGCCCCGUGGGCACCUUCACAUGUGUGAACACAGCCAGACAGGAGUGCGUGGAUGAGAGACUCAAGUGUGACAAAUCCAACGACUGCACCGAUGGCUCUGAUGAACUCGGCUGUCCUAAGGAUUGUGGUCCCAACCUGUGGCAGUGUAGAGACCAGUCCUGUGUGCCUGCCAGCAUGCGCUGUGAUGGGCUGUCCCAGUGUGAGGAUGGCUCUGAUGAACUCGAAUGCAGGAAAGCGUGCAGGUCAGAUGAGUUCACAUGCAGGGACGGCAACUGUGUGCAAGGCCGUAUGCGCUGUGACGGUAUACCGCAGUGUGAGGACCGCUCAGAUGAGGAGGGCUGCAAAGAUGACCCCCCAGUGGCUAAUGCUGGUGUUGAUAUCACUGAGAGGUACAGGCCUAACCUGGAGAUCACACUGAAUGGCUCCCUUUCCACCGAUGACAAGGCCAUAGUGCGCUAUGUGUGGAGCCAGCUGGGAGCGGAUGGGGCCCUGCAAGAAGGGCCAGUGAUUCGUGUGCGUGGGCUGAGGGUCGGUCAGUACGAGUUCUCUCUGUUGGUACAGGACGCCAGGGGGCAGACCAACACUGACCGUGUCAGGGUCAACAUUGUUGGUUGCCGUGGGGACCAGUAUACAUGUGCUGAUGGGAACUGUGUGGAGGCAGUGAUGAGGUGUGAUGGCAGACCGCAGUGUGAAGAUGGCUCAGAUGAAGUCGGCUGUCCUACAGAGCCCCCAGUGUGUCCGCCCAGUGACUUCCAGUGUACAACCGUGCGAGGCAUCCCGGAGUGUAUCGACCUGGCCCUGCAGUGUGAUGGCAACAUUGACUGUACCAAUGGCUUUGAUGAAGAAAAUUGUCCUGGAUGCCCUAAGAACUCCUUUGAGUGUGAGAGUGAUGGCCAAUGUAUUCCUGAGAUAAACCGAUGUGAUGGUAACCCAGACUGCCAGGAUCGCUCUGAUGAACUUGGAUGCGUGUGCACGAGUGAGCAGUUCAGGUGUGGUGAUGGCAGCUGUAUCCCCCUCAGUCGCAGGUGUGAUCGACGUGUUGACUGCAAUGAUAGAUCAGAUGAGUUAGCUUGCCCGUGCCGGUCCGGGGAGUUCCAAUGUUUGAACGGCGACUGUGUCCCAGAGUCAGACAAGUGUAAUGGCCGCUAUGAAUGCCGUGACCGCUCAGACGAAAACAACUGUCCGCCACGGAGGCUCUGUCCUGAGGGCUACUUUCAGUGUGGCACGGGCCACUGUCUGUCUGUGAACAGGCACUGUGACUUCGUGCCAGACUGCCCAGACCAGUCAGACGAGAAACACUGUCCGCUCCGUUGCCGCUCAGGGGAGAUGGAGUGUGUGGUGGACAACAAGUGUAUCCCUCGGGAGCAGAUCUGUAACCGGGUGUACGACUGCAGCGACACCAGGGAUGAACUCAACUGCUCACGCUGCCGACAGAAUGAGUUCCAGUGUGAAUCCAACCGAGCCUGCAUCAGUCUCGAUGGUCGAUGUAAUGGACUCUCUGAUUGUAGUGAUGGCUCAGAUGAGAGAGGAUGCCCCACGCGUGCACCAAUCACCAUUUCUGUAAGUCCACGUCAGCUGCGUAUCCGUGCUGGAGCUGAGGCUCUUAUCUCCUGUAUGGCGACGGGAUUGCCCGCUAAUGCCCGCGUGGAGUGGUCCCGUACAGGGGGUCUGCCAAUGCAGUCAGCAGUAGAGGGCGGCAAGCUCAUGAUUCCUGUUGCCAAGACCAUGGACUCUGGCGACUAUGUGUGUCGGGUGGUUGGGGUUCCCGGGGAAUACUCUGAGACUGCAAGGCUGGAGGUUGUACCAGUGGGUCCGCCUCCCAAUCCAGACCCAGACACAGCUAAGUGUGGUCGUGAUGAGGCGGUAUGUCAGAACGGUCAGUGUAUCCGGCGGGAGUACCGCUGUGACGGUGAGAGGGACUGUGCAGAUGGUUCGGAUGAGCCACCAGACUGCUACAACAACUUGUGUGAGCCCAAUGAGUUCCAGUGUCCCUCAGGGCAGUGUGUCAUGAAGAUCUGGAGGUGUGACGGGGAGACGGACUGUGACGAUGGAUUUGAUGAAGCAAACUGCAAGACAAAGCAGCCCGAUGAGCCAUGUGGCACAGACGAGUUCCAGUGUGUCAGCGGGGACCAGUGUCUGCCACUAGCCUACCAGUGUGACCAGGAGAUAGACUGCCUCGACCGCUCUGAUGAGAUAGGAUGUACUGCCCCGAUCAUCACAGUGCCUCCUGUGGCUGAGAUCGAAGUGGAGCUGGGAGGCAUGUUCACCAUCGUAUGUGAGGCCGUGGGUGUUCCGACCCCCCUGAUAGUGUGGCGCCUUAACUGGGGCAACAUCCCGUCAGGUGACCGUGUUACUGUUGUCAGUGAGGCGGGCCGGGGCGUGCUCACGGUGAAGGAUGCCAGGUAUGAGGAUGCAGGCGCAUACACCUGUGAGGCCAUCAACACUCGGGGCUCCAUCUUUGCAAUUCCAGACGCACUGGUCAUCGUUACACGUGUACCUGGUAGUUGCAGUCCACCAUUUUUCAACUCGAUUGCCGAUAGAUCCGAGCAAUGUCUUCGCUGUUUCUGCUUUGGACACACCAUCCAGUGCUUCAGUAGUGAGCUCAACGUAUCGAGGAUUUCCCUGGUCAACAGGCUGCAGUUCGUGAAGGAGGAUGUGGCUGGUGGCAGGACAGACCCCAUAGACGCCACGCUGGUUAACUACCGUGUGAAUACUGGAGAACACGAGGUACUGGACAUCUCACGCAACCUGCCUGCUGGCAGGUAUUACUGGAAACUACCCAGAGAGUUCCUGGGUGACAGGUUGACAAGCUAUGGGGGUGAGUUGAAGUACACAAUCUUCUAUGAGAUCGGGGGCAGAGAGGAAUUAAGAAUCAGUGAUGUGGACGUUGUCCUCAAGGGUAAUGGAAUCACACUGUUCCACAGAGCCAAGACUGUACCAAAGCCAGGUGUUCAGACUUCCAUAUCUGUACAACUCAUUGAGGGCGUGUGGGAGAGGUCAGACAAGACAGAGCGGCGAGGUGACACACCUGUAGACUCCCAGUACGCUGACCGCGCUGACCUCAUGAUGGCGCUGGCAGAUGUUGAGUACAUUCUCAUACGGGGCAAAUAUGACAGGCAACAGACCACUAGCAGGAUUGGAGGUGUUUCCCUGACGACUGCAGUGAAGUAUCCCACGGAGCUGGGCCAGGCCUACCUGGUUGAAGAGUGCACCUGCCCCACAGGAUACACCGGACUGUCCUGUCAGACCUGUGCUGAUGGGUUCACCCGUGUUAAGAGCGGCCCCUACCUCGGUCAAUGCGUGGCGUGCAACUGCAAUGGUCACUCUAAUGAUUGUGAUCCCUACACUGGACAAUGCCUUAACUGCAGACACAACACGCAGGGUCCCAACUGCCAGCUGUGCCAGGAUGGUUACUAUGGUGAUGCCAGAACUGGGACCCCUGAUGAUUGCAAGCCUUGCCCUUGUCCACUUACAGAGGCACCCAAUCAGUUCAGCCGUACGUGUUACCUGGACACUGACAGACAGGUGACAUGUGCUGGCUGCCCUGUUGGCUACGAGGGUCGGCGCUGUGAGGUCUGCUCCCGGGACUAUAUUGGCAACCCACUGACCCCUGGAAGCACAUGCAAGAAGAAGCAAGAGGGUGUGUGUGACCUUCGAGGCAGUGUAUCCAGCCAACCAAACCCUCUCACUGGCAACUGUAUAUGCAAGAAAAAUGUAGAUGGAGUGCUGUGUGACAGGUGUAAGCCAAACUCGUUCUACCUGAGCUCCAGCUAUGAGCUGGGCUGUGUCAAGUGCUUCUGUAUGGGUGUGUCAGAGGACUGUCAGAGCACAUCAUGGAACCGCGCACAGGUCAGUGUAUCGUUCAGCCGAGACUCGUCAGGGGUGCAGAUAGCUGACAUGUUGGCUGUACCUCUGGCUAACCAGCAGGUGGCUGUGGACAGGAACACCAGAGAGCUCACAUACAGGGGCCAGGCAGACAACGAGACCCUGUUCUGGUCUCUUCCCCCUGUCUUCCUGGGAGAUAAAGUGCACUCAUAUGGAGGAGCUCUUAGAUUCACCCUCAAUUUCCGCUCUACAUCCUCAGAUCCCAUUGUGAAGAUAUCAGGUAACGACAUUGACCUUCUACAUCGUGGGCAAGUGAAUGUGCAGCCAGGCAGACCCGUGUCUGUGGCCAUCAUGAUGUAUGAGCAAAACUGGUUCCGAGUGGACGGUCAGCCUGCGACCAGAGAGCACCUACUGAUGGCUCUAGCUGACCUCAAGUAUAUCCUUAUCCAGGCACGCUACAACAGGGGCCAGGAGCCGGCAGGGUUACGCGAUGUAUCUCUGGACAUAGCAGAGGACCGAGUGACCCAGCAGGAGCGGGCAUUCUCUGUGGAGCAGUGCCGCUGCCCUGUGGGCUACAAGGGGCUUUCCUGCGAGGACUGUGAUGUGGGCUACACCCGGUCAGGGGGCGGUAUCUACCUGGGGCUCUGUGUGCCCUGCACCUGUAACGGACACUCUACAGACUGCAACCCAGACGAUGGCACUUGCAGGAACUGUCAGCACAAUACUGCGGGAGACCACUGUGAGCUGUGUGCUGUUGGUUACUAUGGUGACGCCACCCGAGGAACACGUGCUGACUGUCAGAAAUGUCCAUGUCCACUGACAGAGGCUCCCAAUCAAUUCAGUCCAACAUGCCAGCUGAUCCGGCCAGACCUGCCUGCCCAACGAGGAGGUGUGAGAUGUACAGCCUGCCCUGCAGGACAUACUGGACUCAACUGUGAAACGUGUGUUGCUGGGUACACAGGCAAUCCCCUGAAGGUUGGAGACUACUGCAAGCAGGGUAUCCUGUGUGACUGUGAUCAGAGGGGCACUGUGCCCAACACAGAAUGUGACCAGGCCACCAAGCAGUGCCAGUGCAAGCCGUUUGUGCAAGGCCGUGACUGUGCCCGGUGCAGAGAGGGUCACUUCUACCUGGAGAUGGACAAUCCACAGGGCUGCCUGGCCUGCUUCUGCUCAGGAAUCACCAAUCAGUGUAGCAGCUCUAACUACUACAGAGAGGGGUUGCGACCCCAGAUAGGAGCGGAUGGAACCCACAACUUUGUUCUCACCAAUCGUCGACUCAACAAUGUGAUCAGUGAUGGUUUCAUUGUGGAUUCCAAGCGCAACAGUGUCACAUACAACCGAUUUGAAGGAGUGCAGCAGGAGCGGGAAAGCCUGUUCUUCCAGCUGCCAGCCAAGUUCCGGGGAGACCGUGUCACUUCCUAUGGAGGCUACCUGCGCUUCACUCUUGAGUUCUCUGCCCGUCCUGAUGGCAGCAUGUACCGUGAUGUGGACCUGGAAAUCAUUAGUGCUGGCCAGUCCCUGCGUAUCUACUACCUGUUUGAGCCUGCACUGGUGGCAGGCAAAACACAGACCUAUGAAAUACUCCUCAGAGAGAGCUCUUUCAAUGACCUACGCACAAACACAGCUCCAACCCGUGAGACAUUCAUGACAUUGCUCUCCAAUGUGGAGGGGAUACUCAUCAGGGCUACAUACCACCAGAAGAUGGCCUCGGUAACACUGAGAGAUGUCAGCAUGGAUACAGCUAUACCAACACCAACAGGUCUUGGUGGCGCCCCUAUGGUGGAGGACUGUCGCUGUCCCGAGGGCUACACUGGACUCUCCUGUCAGCGAUGUGCAGACGGCUACCUCCGCGUCUCUGAGGGGCGCGAUGGCCUGGGCCGCUGUGUGAGAUGCAACUGCAACAAACAUGCUAACUCCUGUGACCCUGUCUCAGGCAGAUGUCUGAAUUGCCAACACAACACAGAAGGUGACAGAUGUGACCGCUGUGCAGCUGGUUACUAUGGAGACGCAACAUCAGGAACACCAACAGACUGUCGCCCCUGUCCCUGCCCACUGGCGACAGCACCCAACCAGUUUUCCCCCACAUGUUUCCUGGCUGAGGACAGACAGGUGACAUGUGACCGCUGUCCAGUAGGGUACACCGGCCGCCAGUGUGCACAGUGUGCUGAAGGUUACGUGGGCACGCCCAGCCAGCCCGGGGGGUCAUGUCGCCCCCAGAACCAGGACAGGCGCCCUGAGGUUGUGGUUACCCCACUCAGGCUUGAUGAACCAGAGGGGUCCACUGUCAUCUUCCAGUGCCAAGUGAGUGGUGAAGGUCCAUUUAAUGUGGUCUGGAGUCGACUGGACAGUCGUCAGCUCCCUGACAGGGCCACUGUAGGGCCCAGGUACUCCAUGACCAUUCGCAAUGUGAAACUGGAGGACGCUGGCAGAUACCGCUGCACCGCUACCAAUCGUCAUGGCAACACCAGGAGAGAGGUGGAAUUGAGAGUUAUUGGAGGUCAGACACCACUGCAGGUUCGUAUAGACCAGACCCGUGUAGAGGUAGAGGAGGGCCAGUCUGCCAGGCUAGUCUGCACGGUGAUCAGCAGUCCACCUGGAGAGAUGUAUAUCCUGUCAUGGAGCAAGCAGGGGGGCCUGAUGCCCACUAAAGCAAUAGACCAGAAUGGAGUGCUGGUCAUCCCCAAUGUGCAGAGGUCUGAUGCAGGCAACUACGUGUGUAUGGGCUCCAAUAUGAAUGACAUGGAUGAAGCCACUGCUGUCAUCAUUGUCACUGAAGACACAGGACAGAGUCCUGUUGCUAGGAUAGAGCCCCGGUUCCAGUACGUGGAUGAAGGGGCCCCAGUGAAGUUUGAAUGUAUUGUGACUGGCAGCCCCACCCCACAGGUGGAGUGGUACCGAGGGGGAGGGAGGAGUCUCAACCCCGAGGCCCGGGUCAGUGGGGGGGUACUCACCAUACCCAGGGCACAGCUCUCAGAUGAGUCUGACUACUACUGUAAGGCAACCAAUGAGAAUGGACAGACAGAAAUCAGGACCAUACUUUAUGUGAAACCAGGUUCCCUGAAACAAGUGACCAUUAUCGUACGUCAGACCAAGUAUGUGGUGAUAGCUGGUGAGACAGCUCGCCUCGAAUGUUACACAGAGGAAGGGGGUGAGCGUGUGACUCUGUUCUGGUCUCGUCAGGCGGGUCUGCCUCCGGGCACCCAGCAGGCCAACGGUGUGCUGACCAUCCCCAACACCCAGCCUAGCGCUGCCGGACGCUACAUCUGCACGGGAACCGACACAGACACUGGAAAGAUCUCCACAGCAGAGGCACUGCUUGAGGUCAACGUCAAACAAACAACUGUAGCACCGACAGUGACAAUGGAGCCAGAGAAGAUCACCAUCCCCAUGGGAACCACCGGAACGCUGCGCUGUGUCGCAACAGGAACACCACAGCCAACACUCACCUGGUCCAAGUCUCGAGAACAGCUCUCACCUAACCAUCAGGUAACUGGAAACAUUCUACGUAUCACUCAAGCCACAAUGGCUGACCGUGGUAUCUAUGUGUGUCGUGCCGAGAACUCCGCUGGUGUGGCUCAGGACUGGACGACUGUUGAAGUGGAAAGACGUAUCAGGCCGGUGCUUGAUGUGUACCCUAGCACGACCAUGCGAGUGCCAGUAGGGGGCAGCAUGAUGUUCCAGUGCCGUGUGCUGGAUGGGGCCCCCACCCCCCGCAUCUCAUGGGCAAGGUCAGACGGGCUGGCCAUGUCGGGGCGUGUCAAGGUGAUGGACAACGGUGUUCUGAUGAUCACCGGGGUGACCUCAGAGGACCAGGGAGGUUAUGUGUGCACAGCAGAGAACGACAUGGGCGUAGUCACCAUUACGGCUACACUGCAUGUGGAAGGGCCUCCAACCAUCAGCAUUCAACCGAGCAGAACUGUGUAUGGUAUUAUCGGUCAGCGUGUCACCCUGGAGUGUACAGCUGUGGGUGACCCAAUCCCGUCUGUGCGCUGGAUUGAACCAGUCCGCUCUACUCGGGGUGACGUCGAGGUGGAGGGUGGAGACGACAUCCCCCUAGUGACGUCUCCAGGCUCAGCAACCGUGGAGAUCCGUAACCUGCAGAAAUCAGACGAGGGCACAUACAUCUGUGAAGCUGUCAACACUGGUGGCAGAACAGAAGAUCGCGUUCAACUGAUUGUUGGUCAGAGCAGCGUUGGUGUGUCCAUAUCAGGCCCCAGCACCCUGUCAGUGACUGAGGGACAACUGGUGGAACUUGUCUGCACUGCAAACCAGAUUUUGAACCCGGUGAUACGGUGGAGUCGGCGAGAGGGAUCCCUGCCGCCCGGUCACAGUGUACAGAAUGGAGUCCUUACAUUGCCACGCUUCCGGGCGGAAUAUGUAGGCGAAUACAUCUGCACCACAGCAGUACAGACACAGACAUAUGAGGCUUCAGUUUUCAUCAUUGUCACUGUUGCUCCCAGGUUGACAAUUUCUCCACAGCGUAUAACAACAAGGGCAGGGGAGGCUGUGCAGCUGAGAUGUACUGCAUCAGGCAGCGGGCCCUUCAAUAUUGAGUGGUCUCGAGUGGACGCCCAGAUGAACCCGACAGCGGUGGAGCGUGACGGUAUCCUGGAGAUCAGGCAAGUGUCUGCAGCAGAUGCAGGCCGAUACAGGUGUGUCGUAGAGAGCAGCGCAGGAUCUUCUGAAGGAUUUGCUAUUGUCACAGUGGAAGUGCCGCCUGCAGUGAAGGUAGCUCAGAGAGAUGUUUAUAUGGAGUCCAACCGCGUGGCAAGUCUGCGCUGUGAUGCCACUGGUUCCCCAGUCCCAAGUGUGAGAUGGGAGAAAGAGGGGGACCAACUGCCUGAACAACACAGGGUGCAGAAUGGAACACUCACGAUCUACAAUGUGAGGGAUGAGGAUGCUGGCCGGUACAUCUGUACUGCCUCUAGCGCCGCUGGCACUGCCAGGGACUAUGCUGUCCUACAUGUCUCAGGGGGCAGCUCUAUUGACCAUGGAAGGGAUAAAUCCAAUGUUCAGGUGGUGAAUGUGGGCGACCGCGUCUCCCUUGAGUGCAUUGUAACAGGUACGCCCCUGCCAGUGAUAACAUGGUCUCGGCCAGACAGACGCCUGCCAGCAGACGCCAUCCUGGGAGACGGCAUUCUGAUCAUCCCAUCAGCACGUAUCGAGGACGCGGGUACUUACACCUGUAAGGCCGAGAACCAGGCAGGCUCAGUCUCCCAACACGUUGUGCUCUAUGUCAGAGUGGCCGGCGAGUUCUCCCGCCCUGAAGUGACUGCGCCCGCCAGUGCCCGGGCUGCCUUGGGCGACAGCGUGUCACUUGUGUGUGAUGCCCAGGGCUUCCCCUCACCUGACAUCACCUGGUUCCGCAAGGAUGGCAAAGAGAUGCCAACAGACUACACUAUUGUUGAUGGAGACUUACGUAUCAAUCGUGUGAGACCAGAGGAUGCUGGUACGUAUGUGUGUCACGCAGAGAAUGAGCACGGCGGGUCAGACCGUCCUGUGAGCCUGGAUGUUGGGGCACUGGUUCCCCACUUCUCACAGAACCCACAGUCCUACAUCGCCUACCAGCCACUGAACGAUGUCUACCUAGACUUCGAUAUCCUCCUCUCAUUGAGGCCCGAGUCAACUGAAGGUAUGGUGUUGUACAACGGUCAGUUUGAAGAUGGUGGUGGAGACUUUGUGUGCUUUGGACUGAAUGAAGGCUACCCAGAGUUCAAGUUUGACGUGGGGUCUGGUCCAGCAAUCAUCCGUGGCAACAACACACUGGGACUCAAUGAGUGGCACACAAUUAAACUCACCCGCAACAGGAAGAAAGGUUCGAUGGUGGUGGACAGUGAGCCUGCGUACACAGGGGAGUCCCCAGGCUACUUCACAGGCUUGGACCUUGCAGGCAACAUGUACCUGGGCUCUGUACCUAACUACAACAACAUACCCAAGGUCGUAGGAUACAGGGAGGGAUUUGUGGGCAGCAUCAGUGAGGUGAAGAUCAAGGGGGUGUCUCUGGACCUGGGGGGAGAGGCGGUGGAGCUGGUUGGGGUGGGGCAGUACAGCGCCUGCAAGGACAGCCCCUGUGCCAACGGGGGACGUUGUCUGCCUGCCAAUCUACAGUAUGGCUUCAAGUGUCUGUGUGCCCAGGGAUACACGGGGGCCAGGUGUGAAGAGACCGGGGAACAGUGCUACCCAGGUGUUUGUGGGGUACAAGGGCGGUGCUACAACCUGCCAGGAAGGGGUGGCUUCAGGUGCAUCUGUCCCCUCGGCAAGACCGGCACUGGGUGUCUCACAGAUGUGAGUGUUACCAAUCCAUUCUUCAACUCCACCUCGUUCAUCUCAUACCCCCCUAUGAACAACGCUCCGUUUGCCAUCAAUAUUGGAGUAGAGUUCAAGCCCCAGUCCCUGCAGGACGGCAUCAUCCUGUACGAGGGGGACAAUGAGGACGGCACUGGAGACUCACUAGCACUUGUGCAGAAGGACGGAUACCUCGAGUUCAGAUUUGACACCGGAUCAGGUCCAGCUGUGGUGCGUAGCCGCAAUCCACUGCGUGUGAAUGAGUGGACGAGAGUUCGUGCCAGUCGCAAUCAUCGGGAGGGCAGUCUUACCAUCAAUGAUGAGCAACCAGUCACAGUAAGAGGUUGGUCAGACAUCCAGAGUGACCAAUCCUCUCUGUCACGUUAUGACAACUAUAUCUCUCGUUACUACAACUCCUACAAACAUAUGUCUAGACGAGUAAGACGAGGGACCUCCCCCGGCAGCACAAUAGGGCUCAACCUAAAGCUGCCCCUCUACCUUGGUGGUGUGGACCCUACCAUCAUAGUGUCCCCUAGUGCUGGCGUCACACGAGGCUUUGUGGGAUGUGUGGCAGAGCUCUCCAUCAAUGACCAGCGUAUUGACCUGCUCAGGAAUGCAGUUGAAAGUCUUAAUGUAGUGGACUGUGGAGAGAGACGGCUGUGUGAGAGGAAGCCCUGCAAGAACGGUGCCACCUGUGAAGACCUGCCUGGACCAACUUACAAGUGCUUAUGCCCUGCUACCCACACUGGCAGAAACUGUGAAUUUGAGUUGAACAUGUGCCUUACCAACUCUCCAUGCCAGAAUGGUGCCCCCUGCAGUUACCGUGACGACACCUACCAGUGUGACUGCCCCCAGGGAUACUCUGGCAAGGACUGUCAGUUUGAGAUAAAGUUGCUAGACAAUUACAUGUUUGGAGGCAGAUCCUAUCUGGGUCUCUCCAAGUCCCUGUUGGCCCACUCACGCACACAGGAACGCCAGAACAUCUCCUUCACCAUGACAACUACACAGAGGGAUGGCCUGGUGUUCUGGCAGGGCGGGGCACUCGACCAGAAGCUCAUGGGAAAAGACUACAUGUCCGUAGCCCUCCAGGACGGAUACCUUGAGUACAGGUUUGACAUGGGUACCGGUCCGGCUGUACUGAAGUCCCGUUCUCGGGUCAAUGAUGGCUCUCAGCACCGGGUGGUGGUGGACAGACUGGGACGGGCUGGCUCCAUAAGCGUGGAUAGGGACGAGACUGUGCAUGGCACAUCACAGGGACCCUUGCAGAUGCUCAACGUUAAUGGAGACAUCUACUUUGGAGGACUUUCAAACCUGGCCUUUAUGACAGACAAUGCUCACAGUAAGAACUUUGAGGGCUGUAUAGGGAACAUAAGUAUCACUGGGAGGAGAAUCCUCUUGAAAGAGGACGCAGUAGGAGCAUAUAAUUUGGAGGCAUGUUCACCGUAGGACAUGCAAGUCAUAGGUUCAUAGUGUACAACAAUUUACAGUUACAUUGUGUACAUUUGCGCAAAUAGAAAUAGUGAACUCAAUAAGAUUGUUAAUGCAUAAUUAGGUUGCUCUUCAAGACGGUGAAGACCACCUGAAAUGGGUCGUCACAAAGCUACAGUGAAGUAAAUAUCAUGCAGAAAACGUAAACAUAGUUAGAAGUCUGGCUUUUGUUUUAAUUGGAAAAUUGUAAAACUGUUGAACUUUUAAUAUGGCCAUUUGAGAUUGUAUUCAGAGAUGUUUGCUGUCAGCACCAGUGCUGCAUGUUGCUGUGGUAACCAUGGGUGGGUGGUGUGCUUCGGUAGACAGCUAGCAAUGUUGUCAUAGCUUGCGUGACAGUGGGUGUGGAAGUCUGAUGUAUUGCUUAUUUACAUAGUCUUUUUAAAUCUGUAAAAACUUAACAUGUUAUAAAUAUUAGAUUGUAUUGUGUCUGUAUUGGAUCUGAAGAUCAUUUAAUGUAAGAAACAAGGUGUGCAAGUACAAAUUAUUCUAUAUAAAUAUUGUCAUAUUAUGUUAUGUUAAGCAUUCACUAAUGUAUUUAAGAUCAUAGUACACUUUUGAAUAAAUUCAAUACAUUUUUACAGUAAUCCCAACGCACAAACUAACAAAAUGUUAAACAGGUUGCAAGUGAUUUAUUCAUGUGUACAGUCCUAACAAAGAACACCCAUUAACAAUGAAAUGUAAUGUACCGGUAGUUAUUCUGAGAUUGAAGUGUGUGUGUUAAUGUUUGCUAUCUAUGUAUACUUUCUAUACCAAUGUGUAUCGCUUACUAUACUGUCAAACUGACUGUCAUGAUAAUUAUGUAUGUUUUGUUAGUUGUGUCAAUCCUACAUUGAAAUCCUACUUACAUUUUGUGUAUUUGCCAAAAACUAAUCAAAGAAUUAUUGAAUUAUAUGAAAGUUAAUUAAAAAGAAACGACACAGAACCAACAAUGCUGUUUGUUUUACGGAUAGAUAUUUUCAACAUUACUUGUGUUAUGGAGGUAGAUAAGUUAAUCAAACUUAAAUGAUCAAUUAAUUAGUAUUUUAUACAUCUGUUUUAAACUGGAUGUGUUUCAAUGUCAGUGGUUUAAAUGGGAAUAUAUGCUUCCACUUCACGGCCAGUAUGUACAGACAGUUUCUGCAUGAAACCUUAUGCUUUUUGCCUACCAAUGUCACCUUGUUGCUCCUAUAUUGAAACUAUUUGGCCAGUGCAGUUUAAUCAUUUAGUUCAGUCCUUGAGAUGUUCCACAUAUCUCUGCAUUUUACCAGUUCAAGAUGCUUAAUGUCUACGGAAUGUAUCAGAUAAUAGGAUCAAAAAAGCAAAUAACUGUGCACAUUUGUCAAGCUUUUAUGUUGAAAAUUGUUAAGCACAUAUCUAGAUUGAUGUGAAUAUACAUACCAAUGACACCCGUACACUCAGCUUAUUUUAACAAAAGCAUUAUGCCUUACAAAUGUUUUAAUAUAUAUGAUAACCAAAAAAGAUUUGAAUAGAAGCAACGUUCUAUUUACUGCUUAUAGUGUUUUGUAUUUUUAAUUUAAUGAUUUAUGUUAUUACUCAUGAAUACAAUUUUGUAAUAACAUUAA